AUGGAAGUCCCUGUCGUCGCCGGUAGCAUUAGCCUACCAUCAAAUACCGAAAUCGCGCCCGCGACACCGCUCGAGGACGGGAAUUCGACUGCCCAAGCCCGCCCCGAGCCCGCAGAGAAGACUCCGCUCGACCCGGCGCCCUACCAGCCCAUAUUCGUCACACCGUCCAAGUACCUCACCUUUAUCCGCCAUGGGCGCGGCCGGUACCGCGCCGAGCAUCCCACCCGGCUGGCCAACAGCCUUCUCGUCAGCGCCGGCUUCUUCGAGGCCGCCAACGCCGGAGACUUCGCCGCCAACGUGUGGAACGAGAUCCCGGUGCCCACGUACGCGGUCGUGUUCAUGGCCGUCGGCGGAGCGGUCGCCCUCAGCACGACCUUCUUCGCGGCCCAGGAUGCGCUGCUCAGCUGGCGCAACAUCCGCGGCCUGAAGGCCGAGCGGAGCUACCUCCAAGGCCAGCGAGAGCGGUGCUGCGACCAGGCGCAGACGCGCCGGACCAUCGACUGCCUGCUCGACAUGAACUUCCGCGAGACGGGCACCGAGUGGGUCGACCGGGUCGCCCUCGACGUGCUGAUGGGCCUCGGGGCGCUGUUGAUCAGCGUCGGUACCAUCCUCGCCAUCUUCGGCGCGGACCCGGCCAUCUACCGCGCCAGCAAUCUGCUGUCCGGAUACGUCGGGAACGUGCCGUGCGCGGUCUGCGGCCUGCUCAACCUGGUCUGGUCUCUGUGGGUCUGGAGGAGGGCCUGCCGCCACGAGUCCUCGGGCUCGCACCGGCUGCAGUCGGCGCGGACGUUGCAGAAACUCCAGCGCCGGACGUCCGGCGUCAAGCUCCACGGGGCUCUCACGGGCAUAACGGGGGUCGUGGCGAGCGCCGCCUCGCUCGUCACGGCGACCAUGUGGUGGGGCUAUGUUGUACUGGCGCCGUGCAUUGUCGCCGCAGUGGCUGCCAACUUCCUGUGGAGGAAAAGGAUAGGAUACACGCGACCUUUCGUCCGACAGAUUGUGCCUCUGAGCGAAGAGAUGCUCGAAGCGGAGCUGCAAUACGUCGAGGCCCGCCAGCGAGAGACGGCCAAGUCGAUCUCCCAACCCGACGUGCUCGCCCGUCUGGUUUCCGACCCAGCGUCCCUGGCAUGCGCCCUGGACUUCCUCUUGCGGCACGGGCUCUUUGAAGACUUUUGCGUGCGCGUCCUGGCCGACGCAGAGGUGAGAGACGCAGUGGGCGAUGUCCAAGGCAAGACUGUCAGCCUCGAUGCCGAGAUGCUAGCCACGGCUGACGGUGCCACCUGUGACCGCCUCCUGGCCAUUGCCAAGUCUCUUGUCACGGACAUCUCGCACCGAUACUUCCUCGAGCAGGAGCGCUAUAUCUUGGAGUGCUUAGGCUGCUAUAUGACCAGCUCGGCCGUCAAGCCAUCUGGGUCAUGA